UCCAGGGCCAGAACGCUUUCGUUUGUCCCGAGGUAGUGCACAGGACACAGGAGGAGUCUGAAUAGAACUUAAGACCAUGGCAGCACGCUGGAGAAGAAUCCUGGUAACAUUUGUGGCAGCUCAAGUACUAUUUGUGGUAAAUACCUUUGAGGAAGAGGAUGUACCUGAAGAGUGGAUUCUUCUUCACGUUGUUCAAGGUCAGAUUGGAGCAGGAAAUUACAGCUAUUUGAGACUAAAUCAUGAGGGAAAGAUAGUACUUCAGAUGCGGAGUUUAAAAGGUGACGCAGACUUGUAUGUAUCCGAUAUGACGCUUCACCCCAGCUUUGACGAAUAUGAGUUACAGUCUGUGACCUGCGGCCAAGAUGUUGUCCACGUACCCGCGCACUUCCGCCGUCCAGUGGGAAUAGGAAUUUAUGGUCAUCCCUCUCACCUGGAGAGCGAGUUUGAAAUGAAAGUAUACUACGAUCGAACAGUUGUACAGUAUCCGUUUGGCGAGGCUUCUUACAACCCCGAGGAGAUGGAGGCAAACCAGAAAUACUCACAGUCUACGGAGGAUGAAUCUCAGGAUGAGGAAUCUGUUUUCUGGACUAUACUUAUUGGAAUCUUGAAAUUAAUACUUGAAAUUCUUUUUUAAAUUGAUACACACUGGACU